CGCGACGCACGUCGGUAGGCCUCGAGGCUGAGACACAGCGAACUUUUUCCGUCGAAUACUUGACGGUUGGCAUUGCCCCGUGGAGUUAUCUAGACUGAAGACAGUCCACCCUGAAUGAGCUUCUGUACCGUCACUGCUCAGCUGGCGUCGUCUCGGACGGUUCUUCCACAGCAUAUUUCGGUCAGCAUGACGGAGGACCAUGAGUUCGAUAGCGCAUCGGAGUACCAUGGCAAUCUUCUUACACUCUACGAGACGCGCAAGCUUCGAUGUGCGACGUCCCAGGACGCUGGGCAUUCGCGGUGUAGCCACCGACCACACGAAGAGACUCCGUCAACACAUGUCAGGAACCGAUAUAUAGCGGCACGCCAACCUCAUGCUCGUUUCUGCUCGUCCUUUAGGUGGUCUUCAAGGCAGUCUCAAUCUAGCGACAUUGUCCUUACCCGUGCCGCCGGGACAGGAACAUUGACGUGGCGUGCAACCGAAAUAGGCACCGUCGAGCCCUCGCCCAGCAAUACCGGUCCUCCGCGCCACAAAGUUGAUAUAGGGCCUUGGCUGGCGAUCUGACGCGUCGCGCAAGAAAGGCACUGUACCCCUGGUUUAGAUCGAAUCAUGACAUACUCGCUUUCUUCUUGAAGGACUGCCUACGAAGCACAGGGCGAUCACCGACGGAAUCGGGCGUGGCUAGAAAAGGUACAAUGAACCGACUCCGGAGUGGAAAUUCGUAGUGUGCUCGGGCACGACGAACGCCGGGUACAACCAGUCACUUCCGCACUGUGGCGACCUCAGA